AUGGGGGGCCCCCAGCCUCAGCUGUAUCCCUGCAGCAUAACGCAUGCAGCAGCUGCUGAAGGAAGUCUAAUUUCCUUCUCUUCGACAUCGCAGACCUUGGGGGCCCCCUCAACAUUAGCUGAUACCCUUACAGACCCUGGGGGCCCCCCAGGGGGGCCCCCAGGAGGGCCCCCAGGGGACCCUCCUCGUAAGGAUUCGUCUGCUGACAGCCAAGACAAUCCGAAUGAAUUGUCUAUUGGGGGGCCCCCUAAGGGGCCCCUCUUACCUUUUGGUGUCAAGGGGGCCCCAGGGGCCCCUGGGGGCCCCCUUGCAUUACCAGGGCCCCCUGGGUGUCCCUUCGUAUCUUCUGGGGCCCCUGGGGGGCCCCUACAAGCCUCCGGGGCCCCUCAGGGGCCCCUCUCAUUCUAUGGGGCCCCUGGGGGCCCCCUACCCUCCUCUGGGGACCCUGAGGUACCUCUUUCAUCCUAUGGGGCCCCUGAGGAGGCCUUCGCAGCGUCUGGGGCCCCUGGGGGGCCCCUCAUAUCGUAUGGGUCCCCUAGGGGGCCCCUCAUAUCGUAUGGGUCCCCUAGGGGGCCCCUCAUAUCCUGUGGGGCCCCUGGGGGGCCCCUCAUAUCCUGUGGGGCCCCUGGGGGGCCCCUGCUAUUCUCAGAAGGCGUUGAAGGAGCCCUCUCAUCCUCAGAGACAGUUGAGGGGCCCCUGUUAUGUGGUGGGCUCCCUGAAGGGCCCGAGAGGUUAGCAGGGGCCCCUGAAUAUGCUGAAGAGAGUAGGGGCCCCUCUUUAGGUUCUGCAUAUGAUGAAAGCUGUUUGUUGCAGCAGUAUGAUGAUGAAAGUAAUAGGAGAGAAGAAUACUUAGAGGGACUAUUCAGCGUUAAUGGCAGCAGCGCAGUGUAUGGGGGAUGUCGUAGUACAGCGCUCUUCUCAGCUUCAUUGGGGCAUCAAUUUGUCUCCUUUUACAAAGGCAGAGAGCAGCAACUGUGCUGGGCCUUGCUUCUCUCGUCUUUGCCCUCUUUGUAUGGAUGCUCUUCUAUGCGGAGCCCAAAGCCACCUCCUCAAGCAAACCCUAAGGAGACUCCUAGCAGGUUUGGCGUGCAGGAAAGGAGACGCAAGGGUUUAGAUGUUAAGGCCCCCGUGUGCUGGGGCUAUCACUGCAGCGGCUCUCUCACAGCUAAUGAGAUAGGGUAUUAUGAGAGUCUGUUGGCUGGGUGCGGGCAGAUGGCUGACUAUGGGUGUCUCUUAGUGUCUCUCUUCUGUCUCCUUGUCUCCAUCUGUCUCCUUCAUUGUCUCUGCCUCCUUUACUCUUUCUGUCUCCUUUACUCUCUCUGUCUCUCUCCUUUAGGGAAACCCACAAGGAGGGGGCCCCUCAUGGGGGCCCCAAAAGAGGGUACUACCCACAAGGAGAAUUCACAGCAAGGGGCCUCCAAACAGGGGGCCCCCAAUGAGACAGCAGACCAGGGGCCCCCCAAGGAGUCUUCAGACCAGGGGGCCCCCAAACAGGGGGCCCCCAAGCAAGGGGCCCCCAAAGAGGGGGUCCCCAAGGAGGGGGCCCCCAAGGAAGGGGCCCCCAAGGAGGGGGCCCCCACAGAGAGGGCCCCCAAGGAGGGGGCCACCAAGGAAGGGGCCCCCAAGGAGGGGGUUCCCAAAGAGAGGGCCCCCAAGGAGGGGGCCCCCAAAGAGAGGGCCGCCAAGGAGGGGGCCCCCAAGGAAGGGGCCCCCAAGGAGGUGGCCCCAGAGGGGGGGGCCCCCAUUGGGGGAGCCCCGAAGGAGGGGGUUCCUAAAGAGGGGGCCCCCACGGAUGGGAACCCCCAAACCCUGGAUCCUGAGGAGGGGGGCCCCCAUGAGGUAGCCCCUAUAGAAGGGGGCCCCCUGGAGGGGCCCCGCCAAAACGGCGUUUGUGAAGGAGGGGCCCCCAGAGAGGAGACAGGUGAAGUGAGGGGGACCCUAGACGUGGCUGCAGCAAAGGGGCCCCCUCAUGGGGGCCCCCCUCCUCAGGAUCUAGGGUUUGGGGGGCCCCCUGCUAUAAGAAAGGGGGCCCCUGAGAAGGAGACAGAGACAGCUGGUAGAGCGAAGAAGGAUACAGUUUUCUAUCAAGGUGUCUGCACACGGAGGGGGCGGUCGCAUAGUGAGACACCUUCUUCGCUUUCUUCCGGGCGCCCCGCGGUGCUUCGAUAUGGGCGUCAGGCUGCUGGAGCAGGAGGAGCAGCAGGAGGAGCAACAGAAGCAGCACCGGUGGCAGCAGCAGCAACAGCAGCAGCAGCAGCAGCAGCCCGGGGUAGGGGGACCCCCCGUCAGGAGGGCCUAAGAGGUGCAGGAAGCUCUAAAAGCAGCAAACGGUUUUCUCAUCUGGGGUGGGGACGCCCCUUUGAUUGGCAUGCAGUGUUUGCUGCUGCAGGGGUGGACCUGUGCGAGGACCAGUGGUCUCUGCUGCAGUGGGGUAGCCGCAGCAGCAGCAGCAAACCGCAGUCGCUGCACCAGCUGCUGCUGCAGAGCAACCGCUGCUGCUGCAGCGAAAGCGAAAAAGCAAAACGGCAGCAAGCAAAGGACAAACUGAAGAACAUGCAGCAGUUGCUGCAGCGCCUGCAACACGAGGCCGCACAGCAGCAACAACAGCAGCAACAGCAGCAGCAACAGCAGCAACAGCAGCAACAGCAGCAGCAGCAACAAGAACAGCAGAAACAACAGCAGCAAGAGCAGCAUCAGCAACAGGAACAGCAGCAGCAGCAGCAGCAACAGCAGCAAGAGCAGCAUCAGCAACAAGAACAGCAGCAGGAACAGCAGCGUGCAAACGUUGACCCAAACUCUGCUGCUGCACCUUAUAAGGCCUCUGUCCCCGAUAUGAGCCCAGCUGUCUCCUCUGGUGUCUAUACACCUCUCGCUGGUGCAGGAGACAGGGGCCCCUGGGGCCCUCAAGGAAGGAUGGAGGGUACUGGGGUCCCCUUGGGGGGCCCCACAGCAGAAGAAGGGGGAGGGGGCUCAGCUGCACUGCAUACAGAAGCAGCAGAGGGUGUGGCGUGCAAAAAGGAGUCAGAUGAGGCUUCUGCUGCUGCUGUUGCUGCUGCUGCUGCUGCUGGUGGCGCCGUUGCUGCAGAUCCUUUGAAACUCCGAAAGUCCCUGAAGGCGACGGCCAAAGCUGCAGGUGGUGCUGCUGCUGCUUCUGCUGCUGCUGCUGCUGCUGCUGCUGCUGGGGGUUCCCCCCCAGGAACAAUGCUGCUGCCGCGGCUAAGACGUCGACGGGGGCCCCUGAGGGCCCCCCGUCGCGCUUGGGGGGGCCCCCCUGCUGAAGAAGAGAGCAGCAGCAGCUCAGAUGCCCCGGGCCCAGACACGCAGUGUCUCCGUGUGGUGCGCGCAGCAGACCCUAAGAGACUGAGGGCCUCUCUGGUUUGCUGCAGCAUUGAUAAACCCUGGUUCGACUGUAUAGAGGAGCAUCUUGCAGUUGUCUCUCCUGAGGCCUCGCGCAAGAAGAAGGGGGCCCCUCAGGGGGGCCCCCGUCUCCUUAACAGCAAAGGGGCCCUAAGAGAGAACGCCGAAGCAGCAGCAGCAGCAGCAACUUCCAUGCGCCCAGGGGCAAUCAACUAUGCGCUGCGGCAGCCGCUGCAACAGAAGCCGCAGCAGCAGCAGCAGCAGCAGCAGCAGAAGCAGAGAGUGAAUACCCAAAGGGGGGGGGCCCUACCCGAAACUGGCCCAGGGGGGCCCCCAACGAAGACCCUGAGGGGAUCCGUAGUUGAAGUUCCAGCAGCAGCAGCAGCAGCAGCAGGAUCAGCAGCAGCAGAGGAGGGAUGCUUGCCCUUAGGGAGGGAGGCUCCCUACCGACUCCGUUCGGCGGCCCCCAAGGCCCCCUCUACAGCGUACCCAGGGGCCCCCAAUGUGGCCACCAAUGGGGCCCCCAGUAGUACCCUCAAGGGGGCCCCUAGUAGUACCCUCCAGGGGGCCCCGAAUGGGGCCCCGAAUGGGGCCCACAUUAGUACCAAGGGGGCCCCCAGUAGUAUCUCCAGGGGGGCCCCUUGUAGUACCCCCCAGGGGGCCCCCUCGGCCCUAAGAAGAAGUCUUUCUAAGGGGGCCCCCAAAGUGCCCUCAUUGUGGCUGAGGAGGGCCCGACAGGCGCAGCAGCAAGAGGAGCCUGUUGCUGUUGUUGAGUUUCAACGCAUGUGGCCUAUCUUCGUUCGUCUCCCCCCACGAUCCCGAUCCCGAUCCCGAUCCCAAGGGGACGGACCCCACAAAGAAGGUACAGGAAGUGAAGGGGCCCCCAACUUGGGGGCCCUACAGGGCAGGGGCCCCUCCUCCGGGGCCUCUGAAGGUGUAGAGGGUUCAGCGGAGUUGCAGGGGGCCCCUAGGGGCAGCAGCAGGGGCCCCCGUCAGAGGGCCCCUGGGGCCCCUGAAGACGGGGAGAGCCCUGUGUUGCUGCUGGGGGUCUUAAUUGAGGGCUUUCAUAUGCCGCUGCCGAAGCAAAAGGACUUGGAACAGAUAGUGCAGACAGUUACUGACUUGGCUUCGGGGAGGCUCGCAGCAGCAACAGCAGCAACAGCAGCAGCAGCAGCAGCAGCUGGGGGUGAGCAGCAGCAGCAGAAGCACGGGGGCCCCACAGACACCGCGACAGAGGUGCCCCCCGGAACAGAAAGCUGCAACAGGAGACAGCUGAACCCGCAGCAACGAGGAGACAGAAGAUCACAUACACCCUACCCACGAACAGAUGCCCUAACUGCCGCAGCAGCAGCAACAACAGGAGCAACAGGAGACACAACAGCAACAGCAGCAGCAACAACAGCAGCAGAAGGCGUAGAGCAGGAGGACAACGCUUAUAGCAACGGUAGCUGGGUCCGGGGGGGCCCCCCAGUUGUUGAGGGGGCCCCCCUGGUGGGCCCUGCUGACCCCAUAGACAGUACUGGGGGCCCCUCUCAGGGGCCCUGCAGCACUUCAGGGGCCCCCACUACGGCUAGCGGAGGCGAGACGCAGAGUAGAGGGCCCCCUGAUGUUUGCUGCAGUGCAUUAAACGGCUUUGCUGAGGAUGGGGGCCCCCCUGUGUCUUCUUAUAAGAGCAAUAGAAGGGCCCUUGGAGUAUGCAAGGAUCCGGGGGCCCCUCAGGGUAUCUUUGAGGGGGUAUCGUUUGCUGCUGGCGUCGCUGCAGCAGCAAGACCUGCUGCAGAGGCACAGCCAAACGAGAGUGCUGCUGCAGAGGGGCCCCCAGCUCGUGAAGGGGCCCCCCGUACCCUCACUCCUGCUGCAGGGGAGGGGGCCCUACUGGUAGAGGGAAGGAGGGGGGCCCCCGUGGGCCCUGGGGGCCCCAAAGACUUUUGUAGCAGCUACACAAUAGUAGAUGAACCCUUUUCUGCUUCGAGGGUUGCUGCAGCAGCAGCAGCUACUGCGGCUGCUCCUGCCUGCGUCGCUCCCACUGCUGCUGCUGCUGCUGCUGCUACUGCUGCAGCUGCUGCUGCAGAACGCAGGGCGGCUGCUCAAGGGAGACAGCGCCUGCAGCAACGCCGGCGGUGGGCCCGAGCUAUCCCUCGCAUGCGGAGACAGGGGGCCCUAAAGAGACAGUUUGGGGGGGGGCCCAUCGCAUGCAUGCACACCCCUUGCUGCUGCUUCCCAGACCCUCAGCACUCGCCUGUUACCCGGGGGGCCCUGGGGCCCCUCUUGAGGCCCCCUAAGGGACAGCAGAAGGAGACACUUAGUGAAGAUGCGCUGCUGCAGCAGCAGCUGAAGGAGACGCAGCAGCAAUUGAAAAGAAUCCAGGACUUCCUUCGCCGACGGCGUGAGAAGCAACGCAAGCUGCAGCAGCAGCAGCAGCAGCAAGAGCAACAGCAGCAGCAGCAGCAGGCGUUGAGUUGCUUUGGGGAGACACUCAAGCUUGAGGAUGGAUUGUGCUGCAACGGCUAUUUAUUGAGGAGACGGCAGGUGUCUCCGUCCUUAGCUAAACAAAAACAAGAAAAUAAAACAGAGACAUUUAGAAGACCAGCAACACAUCCAGACAUAUCUACUAAUGUGGGGCGCCUAAGAGGGGCCCCUGUGGGGCCCCCUGGGGGCCCCCUUAAGGGAGACCUUGGGGGGCCCCCUGGGGGCCCCUCUGAGGGAGACCUUGGGGGGACCCCUGGGGGCCCCCUCAGGGGGGCCCCCAAGGCCCCCCUGAGUGGCGAUAGGUGUAUGAUGACAGUAAGGGCCCCUGGAUUGCUGCUGAAGCGGCUACGUUUACGUUCGAUUGAUGCAUCUCCUGAAAGGAGACAGUUGGAGGUGAAGAGACACCGCAGCGGGUGCAUGCAAGAGCAGGAGACAAGAGAAGAAAGAUAUAGAAGGAGACAGCUAAUGAAGAGGGAGAGGCUUGAAGGAGACAAUCAACUAUCUAUAUCUCUUCUUGAGGCCAAUCCAAAACAGCAGCAGAAGCAGCAGCACUCCUCUGACCCUCCGCCCCAGCAGGAAACAGCACAGUCGACUUCUGCUGCUGCUGCUGCUGCGGAUGCUGAUGCUGCUGCGGUGGAGGCAACGGCAGCAGCAGCAGCAGCAACAGGUGGGGCCAUAGCAACUGCAUUUCACAAGGAGGGGAAUCUUGCACAGUCUCAGCCUGCCGUUGCUGCAGCAGCAGCUCCUGAAGCAGCAGCAGCAGCAGCCCCUGUAGCAGCAGCAGAAGCAGCUCCUGAAGCAGUGGCAGCACCAGCUCCUGAAGCAGCAGCAGCAGCGGAACCAGCUCCUGGAGCACCAGGAGCGGAUCCAUCUCCUGAAGCAGCAGCAGCCGAAGAAGCUGCUGAAGCAGCAGCAGCAGCGGAAGCAGCUCCUAGUGCAGAGGCUUCUUUUGUUGCAGUUGAGUCUAAGGAGCUGCUGCUGCCGAUGAUGCUGUCCCCAAGGGUCUCCUUUGAUGCUGACGAGGGGUCUCUUCCUCGCCUAGACAGAGAACCACUUGCUGCUGCUGCUGCUGCAGCAGCAGCAGCAGCAAACAGGAAAGGAAGCGGCUGCUCUGCAAUGAAUAGUGUUGAGCUGCUGCACGCUGCUGACUCACAAACAAGCGGAGACAAAGGGGGGCCCCAAGGAGAGACAGAAAGGAGACAGUUGGCGCUGCUGCUGAGGGGCAGCAGCGAAAGCUCUGAUGCAGCAGAGGGACGCCAGACAUGUUUAGCAACUGCAACGGCAGCAGCAGCAGCAGCAGCAGCAGCAGAAACAGCUGCAGAACACCAAGGGACAUGGGAGCAAUCGGAGUCAGACAACAGCCCUACAGAGAAGCAGGAGACAGCAACACGAACCGGUGUUGCUGCUGGUGCUGCUGCUGCAAUCACUGCAGCAGGCCCAGCAGCAGCAGCAGCAGCAGCAGAAGCAGCAGAAACAGCAGGAGAGACAGUAGAGGGAUACGCCCCACAGACCUUCAAACUGUCCCAUCCAGCUGCAAACUCCAGUGCCAACGCUACCCCUGCUGCUGCUCCUGCUGCUGCUGCUGCUGUUGCACUGACAACCGAUGGAGCGACAGCUGCAGCAGAUACAGAAGCAGCUGCGGCUGCUGCACCGCCCAUGCCCUCUCUGGCACCCCUCGUGGAUCAGUGCAGCGCAGCAGGGGCCCCGCAGCAGCUGCACGCACCAUCCGCACAGCGCAUGCAGUCGCUGCAGCAGCAGCAGCAGCAGCAAGAUCAGUCGCAGGAGCAGCCCACAUCACAGGCAGCAAACACGGUGGGUGUCUCUGGGGUGUAUAUGCAGCAGCAGAAGAUAGAGCAGCCUUCGAGCGCCUCCUUCCUAAGGCAGCAUCAGAAGACGAAAUCUGCCGCUACUGCAACAGCAGAAGGUGCUGCUGCUGCUGCUGCUGCUAAUGAGUGUUGCGGCUCUGCAGCGGUGCCGCAUAAGAUGGUGGGUCGGAAGUGUGAGGGAAAGGUGCAGCAUCUGCAUGCACGAGGUGCUGCUGCAGCUGCAGCAGCAGCUCCUUCUGCUGCUUCUUCUUCUGCUGCUGCAGCUGUUCGCUGCCCGUUGGGGGCCCCCAAAAGGGCCUCCAAAGGGGCCCCCAAAGGGGCCCCCACAGUGGCCCCCAAAGGGGCCCCCACAGGGGCCCCCACAGCCACAGGUUCUGGUGGCAAUGCUUGA